GUUGUGGGUCUCUCCUCUCUCUCUCCAAUCUCUCUCACUAUCUGGCUGUAACAGACACAUAAAUCUCUCACCCCACAACCAGUCCUCUCUCAGUCCUUGUUCUUCUCAUUCAUUAGUUACAGUAGGCAACAGCACUGCUCAUCUGGUUUUGGUAGAGAGAGAGAGGGAAGAAGAUGGGGUGGUGGGUUUUGGACUUUUGGGUAUUUAUACCACCUGCCUAUAUUACUCCUCCCUUCCCCAAGUCCAACAUAAACAAAUACACACACUCCACCAAAUUACCCUCUCCUUCUCCUUCCUUCCCUUUCUCUCUCAAAAUCACCCCAAAACCCUACCCUUACCCUUUUCCUCUCUGUGGUUCCUGUUCUUAGCUUUCUCUUCUAGCUUGAUCCCUUUUACCAUCCCUUGCUUUGCUCUCUCCUUUUUUUCUUUUCACCUGGCUUUUCCUAGCUAACUCUCUUGUUGAGAAGACAAGAUCUGUUCUUUUCCCCCCAUCCUUUAUUAUCUCCCCCCCUACCUUACUUUCUUUUCUCUGCUGCGAUUUGGGUUUGGGAUUAGGUUAAAUGUUAGGGUUAGGGUUCCAUUAAAAGAGUAGACGACAGCUACAACUAGCCAGUGUUUGCGGGUGGAGCAUCAUCAAGAUUCACAAGGGGCACUUUUGGUUGAGUUCUAAGCCUUUGCUAGUACUAUCAAUAAUGGUGGUCGGCUAUUUCUUUUAUGCUGCUUUUUCCCCACAUUUACAGUGGCGUUUUCCCCUCCUCCUCUUUUUUUUUUUCAAAUAUAGUACUAGAUCGAGCAGCUGGUAAUAGCUAGAUAAAGGGAUCUUAGUACAAGACCAAACUUGGGAAUCUUGAUGAUGCUGCAGCGGCAAUUCACUGGCUCAAUACUAAUUAACAACAUUACAAAAAACAAAUUCCUUGUCCUUUAGCUCGUUGUUACUCCUUAAUCUUUUCUUCCUUCCUUUGUAUCUGUCAGUCCACCCACCACCGAAAGCAGCUGGGACUGCGAGCUCAAGGUAAAGAGGGAAAAUCACGAUGUUGUGUUUUUGUUGGGUAUGUACAAAACUAAUAAUAUUGUAUUUCCAUGUGUUGAGUACUAGGGUUUUGUGAAGGCUCUCUCUCUCUCUCUCCAGAGUAUUAUAUUAUAUAAUUGAAGGGUAAUGAACAUUUUUUGCUCUUGUUUAUUGAGAGAAACACAUAAAAAGUGACUGCAAUCUGGAUCUAAGCGUCUCUCUCUCUUUUCCAGUCCUUUUUUUUGUAGUUUGUUUACUUUGCAGUUGAUCAGAUGAGAGGGUUUGGAGCUACCUACCUGAGUUGUUGUUGGUCCAGCUGACACCGGCCGGCACCACCACCGCCACCAUCACCUGCAGGUAUAUUAUAUGUCUCUACCUUUUUUUUUUCUACUUAUUACUGCCUUCCUUUUUCGAUAAAUGGGUAAGUAGUUUCUGUACUAUUAUUUUUUCCUGCGACUGGGAGCGAACAUUUGUUUGUUUUUCUCUAGCAGUAAAAUGGGGCCUCUUUCUGCUUGUUUCUUUUUUUACCUUUCAUCCUUUUCGUCCGUACUUUUGUUUUAGCAGUAAAGUAAUUUUCUUUUGAGAGAGGCCAUUGGAGGGUAAUUUUCAGAGCAGAACUUAACCAUAUCCAUUUGUUGUUGUACAUGGAAAUUUUGCUGCUCAUCCAUCCAUCCAAUGUGAAAUAGCUCUGCAACUCAUGUGUCGUCACUCAAAAGGUAUUUUGGUUUUGAACUAUAUAUGCAUGUUUCCCUGUGUUUUCAGCUACAGCCUGCCAAUUCCUGGCUAGGCCGCUGCAGGUGGCAGCUAACCCAUACUAGUAAAGAAACAAGGACACAUGACAGCCAUUUAAGGUUUCGCCCGACACAUGCACUAGGGAAAGUAGCCUUGGAUUUCACUUGACAACCUAGCUAGGAUGAUAUGUUCUGUUUAACUAGCUAGAGAUCGAGUACUAUGCUUCUAUAUGUUAUAUGUACUCACGAGUCGAUUUCCUUGUAUAAUCUCUAUAGUAACAAAAUAUAUAUACAUUUCUUAACAAUGAUUUGGUCGAGGGUUUUACUCACCGCCCGCGGACGUUCACAGUUUCCUGCUCAUCAGCUCUUAAGGUACUACUUAAGGAAUUCGAAUCUAAGGGAACCUCCACAUUCUAGACUCGUGAUCGACCACGAUCCAGUGACCAGCAGCCUGUGUUGCUUCUGUUUCGAGAACGUAUAUGUAUCUAGCAACAAUCGUCAUUGGUCGAUGGAUAUGAUCAUCAACCACAGUAUAGUAUACAUGAAAGAGGCGGCACUAGCUAGCUGUUUGGGGGUUGAGACAGUACUACUGCCUGGAGAAUGGAGAUUGAUUGAUCAGGUUGCUAAUUACACGACGGAUAAACUGGUGGAAAUGCAUGUGUGUGUGUUUUCCGGCUGCUGAUCGAGGAGAUGAAGUCACAUGGAAUUAAUUAUGAUCAUAUUUAAUUAAGAAGAGAUUCCCUCGAUAUUUUGAUUGAUUGACUUGAGUGGCUGGCUGGCUGGCUGCCUGAUUGAUUGAUGACCUCCCCAUGUAAUCUGCAUAUAAGUCAAAAUUGCACUCUAGCUGUGAAGGGUUCAUCGAGCAACUCUUCCCUUUUAUUUUUUGGAAGUUGGGCGUCUGAAUCGAUUGCAGUUUAGUGUCCAAUGGUUAAAUAAAGAGCAGCAAUGACGUGAUCAUGUGACAGCAGACAUGAUGAGAUGCGGGGCGCGGGAUUCCCUCGUUGACAAGAGAUAGUUUAGGGAUGGAGGCUUCUUUUCUUUCUUUCUUUCUUUCUUUCUUGGAUCGGUUGCCCUGAUCAUCCAUCGAUCUUAACCAUGUUGAUUUACGUUUCAUUUUUUUUCCCCCAGUUACUGCAUCCCUCUUAGACUAUGCAAAAAAAGAAAAAAGUUUCUUGUUGUAAAUCCAAGUGAUCAACGUGUUGUAACGUUCUUACUGAGACCACAUGAUAAUUAUGUAUUAUAUAUUUCUUAUAUUUUUUUUAAAUGUAUCACUAGCAUAGUUUCCACAAUACAAUUUUAGACAUCCA